AUGACCACCAAAGAGAUGAACUCGCAGGAACACGGCCAGACUGCCCGUGAUUUUUUGGUCGCGUCCGACCGGGAAUUCGCCUCGGGAGACGACCUCCAAGGUUCGGAAAAAUUGUACGGAGCGGCCACCCACAUCGUAUCAGCCCUGGCCCAGCAACGGGGCUGGCAGUAUCGAAGCCACCGCUCCAUGAAGAAUGCGGUGUUCCAGCUGGCGGACGAAUACGACGACCCGCUGGUCCUGGCGGGCUUUCUGGCUGCGGAACGAUUCCACAUACAUUUUUUUCACCAGGAUUUGGAAGACUACGAAAUAGAGUUGAACCGACCGGUAGUCCACCGUUUCGUCAACCAUAUGCUGGCCAUGCUGGACGGCGGGGUCGCCGGCGUGUGA